GAAAAAAGUGGUGAGGAUUCAUUGUAUGACGUCAAAGAACCAAGUUGUCCAGCUUUGAUGAUAUCCUUGUUAUCCUAAGAGGAACCACCCAAUUUCCCGUAAUCCAUACCAAAACUAUUUCAUUGAUUGAAAAUGAAUAACUUAUCAAAACAAGUCUUUCAGAAUAAACUCCUACAACUUGUCUGGGCCACCCCAUUGAAUAUUUCAGCUCACUAACAACUUGUUUGGAUGUUGGUUACCCAUUUUUAUAUAACGAUCAAUUGGAUGCGAUCGUGUCUUUAUGAUAUUUUUCUUCUGAUUUAGUCUUUACUUAUUAUUUAAUAAUCCUAUCAUUUACCUUAUCUUUUUAUAGUACCUCUACCCCAUACUUUAUUUUUCUUGUAUUUUUAAACUUCAAACUGCUAUGUGUGAUAUUAUGUAAUUAUGAAAAAAUAAUACAAUCUAUUCAAAUGUUGUUGUAUUCAUUAUGUAUUGUAUUGUAUCAUAUUAUUUUAAUGAAUACAACACGAUACAAUACAAUACAUUGUGAAACAUUGCAUAACAACCAUCCAAACAUAGUAUAACUACCCUUCCAAAAUUCUACUUUAUAUAAGUAUCCAUCCACCAAAACAUAAUCUCAAUCUUCUCAAGAAGCAAGCAAUAAUGGAUUCUUCAUGGGAAGCUAGUGUUACUGAUUCCAUAAAUGCCAUUUACCUUUUAUUCUCUGCUUACUUAGUAUUUGUAAUGCAAUUGGGCUUUUCCAUGCUUUGUGCUGGCUCUGUCAGGGCCAAGAAUGCAAUGAAUAUUAUGCUUACCAAUGUAGUUGAUGCUGUCGUUGGUAGCCUUUCUUACUAUCUCUUCGGUUUUGCCUUCGCCUUUGGUAAUUCUAAUCCAUUUAUAGGAGCUAAUUUUUUUGCUCUUAAAGACAUUCCUUCAAGUUCUUAUGAUUAUAGUUUCUUUCUUUAUCAAUGGGCUUUUGCUAUUGCUGUAGCUGGUAUUACUAGUGGCUCGAUAGCUGAACGUACACAAUUCACUGCUUAUCUUUUUUUCUCUUUUUUCCUUACUGGUUUUGUUUAUCCUGUUGUUGCUCAUUGGCUUUGGUCUUCUAAUGGUUGGUUAAGUCCGAAUUCCAGUUAUUUGCUCUUUGGUUCUGGUGCUAUUGACUUUGCUGGUAGUGGCGUUGUGCAUUUGGUUGGUGGCAUUGCGGGGUUUUGGGGGUCGAUUAUUGAAGGUCCAAGAGUGGGAAGAUUUGAUGCAUUUGGUAACCCUGUGAAAAUGAGAGGCCACAAUGCUACACUAGUGGUGCUUGGAACGUUUUUGUUGUGGUUUGGAUGGUUUGGGUUUAAUCCUGGAUCGUUCGACAAGAUUCUUGUACCUUACCCGCAUAUGGUCGAUCAAGGUAACUGGACCUCCGUGGGCAGGACCGCGGUCACAACGACCCUGGCUGGUUCCACAGCAGGGAUUGUUACCUUGUUCGGUCGAAGGUUGUUGGUGGGACACUGGGAUGCAAUGGAUGUGUGCAAUGGAGUUAUUGGUGGAUUUGUUGCAAUCACCUCAGGUUGCUCAGUGAUAGAACCAUGGGCUGCCAUUGUGUGUGGCUUCUGUGCAGCUUGGGUUCUAAUUGGACUGAACAUUUUAGGACUAAAAUUCAAAUUCGAUGAUCCGUUAGAAGCAGCACAAUUGCAUGGAGGGUGUGGAGCUUGGGGUUUGAUUUUUACAGGUUUGUUUGCUAAAGAAGAAUUUGUAUUACAAGCUUAUAAUUCUGGUAAAACACAAACUACACGACCUUCAGGACUAAUUUUAGGAGGUGGAUGGGGUUUGUUUGGGGCACAAAUAGUUGAACUUUUGAGCAUUGUGGUUUGGGUAAGUUUGACAAUGGGGCCUUUGUUCUAUCUGCUUCAGAAACUUGGAAUUUUGAGGAUAUCAACAGACGAGGAGGUUGCUGGUCUUGAUAUCUCCAGUCAUGGAGGUUAUGCCUAUGAUGCUAGUCAAGAAGAAAGUGGUCCUCGCUUCUAUGGAGAGUAUUUGAGGAUGCAACACCAAUCAUAAGGUUAAGCUGCCCUGUAAAAUUAUUAUUUUUCCCCUACGCCAACCCCUUCCACUGGUACAUGCUUACCCCCACCAUACAAGAUUGCUUUCGUCAAAUGUAUCUAUGCAACUUUGUAAUUUCUCCACAGCUUUACGUUAUUUGUUGGCUUCUUCUGAUUCAAUGAACAUGUAUAUUCUGGUAAAUUUGUAGCGUAUAUCAGAGAAUCCUCCAUUAACUAUAGACUUUUACUAUUGCAGCCA